CGGUCGAGAUACAGCCUGCUUUCUUCUCUCACAUUUUCCGGCGGAGUAGACGAAUGGUGGGGAAGAAAUGGCUGCGACGUCUCUGUCCCUGAUACCGCCGGCGAGCUUCUUCUGCGGCGGGAACCGACGGGGAUGUGGCACCGCUACUGGAUUUUGUGUCGCACGAGCAUCUCCGGUGGACCAUGGUCGAGAAAGCGUGCUUCGUCUCUCUGCCUCGGCUGUUCUGUUCCUCGGUUUAAGCCUCCAUGUCUGCUCUCCAGUUUCCGCUCGAAUACUUCCUCCGGUCGUCGCUCAGAAUUCCGAGAAGGAGAAUAAAAUCGAUGCAGAAAAUGUUGCUGGUGAAGAGAACCAAGGCGAUCUGAAAUGGUUUGAAGAUGAAGGAUUGAAAGAGGAAUUCGAAGCCUACAAGGCGAAAGUGUAUUCUCUUACUGUGCCGCUGAAGGUUGUUGCCCUGCGUGGUUCUGUGCCUCCUUCAUGGAUUAAGGAUUUUAUGAGCUCGCAAGGCAAGAGAGUGAAGCUGCUACCCAAGUUCCGAGCAAGUCUUGAAGAGAUUUUCUCUGAUCUUUCUAUGCCCUCCAAAAAAGGAAAAAUUGGUCAUGCAUCCAUGGUGGCGGCUGAUAUCAUCGGUAUCGGUGAUUCUUGGCUUAGUUUCGCAAUUAAGGAAAGGAUUAUCGAACCUAUGAAAGGGGUAGAAGGUCAGGAUUGGUAUAAAGGUUUGAGUGAUAAAUGGAAGGUUUAUCUACGCAGGAACUAUGAUGGGGAAAAAGCUCCUGACGGUGAAAUAUGGGCUGUACCAUACAGAUGGGGCUGCAUGGUAAUAGCAUACAAGAGAAACAAAUUUCAAAAUCGCAAAUUGGCUCCUAUCGAGGACUGGGCUGACCUGUGGCGUCCCGAGCUUGCGGGAAGGAUUUCAAUGGUGAAUUCUCCCAGAGAGAUUGUUGGUACUGUUCUCAAAUACAUGGGAGCUUCAUACAACACAGAGGACAUGGAUUCACAAGUUCCUGGAGGCAGAAUCACAGUGGAGAAAAAUCUAGCUUUGCUUGUGAAACAGGUUAGACUGUUUGACAGCAACAACUAUCUGAAAGCUUUCAAUGUUGGGGAUGUCUGGGUGGCUGUCGGUUGGAGCAGCGAUGUUAUUCCCAUGGCCAAACGGAUGUCUAACGUUACCGUGAUUGUUCCCAAGUCCGGUGCCAGUCUAUGGGCUGAUCUCUGGGUGAUACCAUCGGUCUCUGGAGCUGAAACUGAACAGAUAGGGGGACGAAUUCGAGGCCCUUCACCGAUAAUCCACCAGUGGAUAGAGUUCUGCUUGCAACCUGCAAGAUCUUUGCCCUUCACUCAAGAAGUGAUUCCUGGAGCUUCUCCUUCGGCCAUAGAAGGCGAUCAUCCGGUCAGAUUACCCGAAGAUACGAAGAAAAACAAACCGAGACUUGACACGAACCUCGUCGGGGGAAUUCCGCCUCCCGAGAUUCUGUGCGAGUGCGAGUUUUUGGAGCCUUUGCCGGAUGAUACGAUGUCCAAUUAUGGAAAACUGAUUGAUGGUGUGAAGAAGCAGGAACAGAGCCUUGGACUCGUAGAGAAGGUUCGUGGUAUUAUUUCCUUGUGGAUUCGAAGGUUUUAGGACAAAGCCGCCUGCAUUCAGAGGGUAAGAACACGAGAGAGAUCGAUACAAUCUAGAGUUGUUUGUGCAUUCCUUGGUGCAAGUGUUCACAUUACCAAAAUUCAACUUUAGUUUGUGUUGCAUUUCCUCCUUUUUUUUUUUUUGCCAAUUUAUGUAAUCUGAAAAACUAAUUUUUUUUUCAACAAUUUACAUGUUUGCAGUUCGUAUAUUAUACC